AUGGCCAAUACUGGCGCCGAAGCAAAGCCUUCAGUAAUUGAUGUAGGUGUACCAGCGAAGCUGAUAAUUAUUGAUGCUGAGCCAGCGGAUGUCAAAAUAUAUGUGUUUUAUCCAAAUCUUGCAGAUUUGUACUUUAAUCUUCUUGCGUCCAAAGUUCGUCAGCUGACAAAGUUCCACAUCGGCAUAUGGUUAGAUUAA